AUAUAUAAUUAAUAAAUAAGGAAAACCUGGAGAAAAUAAGGAAGCAAGUUAAAAAUUGUAGACAAAAAUAGAAAGCUUUAUUUUUGUAUAUUAAUAACAUACACAAACCUGUGACAAAAAUCUUUGGUGAAAAAGUAAAAUUUUUGAGUAAUGACAAAACAAAAGGAAGGAAAAAACUAAACACUACAUCAAGGCAAAUAAACCUAAGCAAUUUUAGAAAAAAUACGGUGGAUAAAUCUAAAAAUUAAAUGAUUUAAAAAGAAAAUUAAUAAAAAAAAGAUAUAUAAGAAAGAAAAGUAACUUGAAAUUAUGAGACCAUUUUAUGCAUGUUGCCUUUAAGAUAAUUCAAAACAAAUAAUUGGUGUCGUUGAUAGAAUGCAAUACGAAGGCUCUCCUUUGCGUCACAAAGAAAAAAAAUUACGUGGAAUUAUUUCUCUUUUUCCUGUCUACACAAGCACACAUUGUGAAUAGAGUAUAUAUGUGAUUUGUAAAAUAACGUAAAAAAAUACAAAAAAAGUAAUUCCUUAGAAAUCAAAUUUAAAGGUGUGUUCCAUGUCAUGUACGUACGAGUAUUUUGUGAUUGUGAACCUGCUCCAAGUUAUGACAUCAAAUUUCUUGAAUUUUUUUGUUCAACAUCUUUCGUUUUGCACACAUAGUUGAGUGUAUUUAGUUUGAUGUUACACGUGUAAACGUAUGUGUGUACACAUAUAGAAUAUUGUUUUUGUAUAACAACGACUGAGCAGCUGCAGUAGGCAGCGCUCCUAAUUGCAUAAAUAUUCCUGUUUGGCUUGGUUAAAAAAAUUAUUUGUGUUUUUAGUAAUUAAUAGUAAAAUAAUGUAAAAUAAAGUGCAUUUUAGUGUUCGAGUGUGAAACUCAUUUUUUUUUUAGUUCACGCUCUUCAUCCAUCAAUUCCUUACGUUAUUAUAUUGAAAGAAAAAAAAAAAGAAGAAGAACUAUCUUAAUUGUUUGAAUCCCAUUUAGAUCACCUCUGAAUUGUUUUGUUUUUAUUACAGCCUCAAAAAAGGGAAAAACGAUAUAUAUAAACAGAAAAGGACUAUGAAUUGCAUACAUGUACUCGCACAAGUUUCAAUAACUAAAUAAGCAACAAAAACUCGAUAAUUUUUAAAAAUAAUCGAAUUACUUUUGUAUCAGUCUCCAUAGAGACCAGAAAAAACAAUAAGGAAAAAAAAUUAGAAAAAUUAGAAAGAAGAUUCAGAGAUAAUUUUUGAGUUUGCUUAAGAAUGGAUAAUUAUGUAGAUGAGGUUGUUGCGCCUCAUAAUCCUGCAUCAGAAUCUCCAUUGAAAGAUUGGCGUCUUAAAUAUCAGGCUGGCACAUUACAGAAGAAAGAUUUCGUGGAGUUCUUUCAAAAGGAGUCACGCAAAUAUUUUGAAUAUCAAAAUGAGCCAAACGAUUCUACUAGAAAUAGCUGGUCAAAUUUGUAUGGAGAAUUGAGAAAGGUAUUGAGAGAAAAGGAAGAAGUGAGACAUAAGAAGAACAUCUGCGAAGGUUCUUUGAAAUGUAUGUUUAAAGAAAGUGGCGCCAAGGAAGGCAUUAUCGAUGUUCUCUUGGAGUUCAUAUUAGGUGAUAAUCCAAAUACGGUGUUGGAUAAGCUUAGCUCUGAGGGUGCCACGCAGUCUGUAUGUGGUAAAGUAUUUAAGAUGGGUGAGCCUACGUACAGUUGUCGGGAAUGCGGCAUGGAUUCCACCUGCGUCUUAUGUGUGAGUUGCUUCAAGCAAUCGGCUCAUCGCUAUCAUAAAUACAAAAUGUGCACUUCAGCCGGUGGUGGAUGUUGUGAUUGCGGGGAUGAGGAGGCCUGGAAGAAAAAUCCUUACUGCGAACAACAUUUGCGUGGCAAAGAAAAUAAUACAAAAAGCGCCAUAAUAACAGAUGCUAUUAACGAACGUUGCGAAAUAGCUUUUGCCGCCAUAUUAUCAUUUUGUGUAAAUUAUUUGGAAAUUGAAUCAAAGGCCAGUCUUGAAUGUUUGGAUGGAGAAGGUGCUGGCGAUGAUCAUUUUUGUACGGUUCUCUAUAACGAUGAGUCACAUACAUUCGAUCAGGUCAUACAGACUCUAACAAAAAUUGCCAAAUGUCCGACCAAAGAUGCUGGCGAAAUUGUAGCUAGUAUAGAUCGUGAGGGACGUGCUGUGGUUAAAUGUGACGGUUUUAGUGAAUGCAAUCUGCUAAAAGAGGCCAUCGAGAAGCAGUCAGUACCUCCGAAUGUGCCAAUGGCACCAGCUAGAGCCAAUCAAUCAUUGCGCGUUUCAGUUUUGCAUGUACGCGCUGUGGCUUGUCAGCAAUUUGCUUUGCAACUAUUGACCUGGUUCCAAGAGUUUUUGGUACGUCAUAGUACUUUCCGUCAAAUAUUUGCUCGUGUAAUUAUGGACAAAAAAGCUCCUUAUUGCAUACGUCAUAUACUUGAAUACGAUGUGAAAUUAUGGAAAUCGGCUCGUACCUGUUGGCAUCGUUUACUGAUUUCGGGCAUGCUAAUGGAAUAUGAUAAUAAAAUGGCUUUGGCUCAAGAGUUUUCCAAAAACUACGCUACAAUAGUGCAAGAUUUUAUUAGUGAUGAUCACGAUCAUUCAUUUUCCAUUGUUUCACUGAGUGUUCAGCUGUUUACCGUGCCGAGCAUAUCGCACUACUUGAUUGCUCGUGAAGGCAUAUUUCAUAAACUAUUGCACACAUUUUAUCAUCGCUCAAUUGAGGAAUUCGUACAGAAUAAGACCUUACAAUUUUCUAAACACGUUUCGACCGCCAGUUAUUUUAAACGUGCCUCCUAUAUACUUUAUGAUUUGCGCUAUAUUCUCAGUUUCAAACCAGAUGUUUGGACAGAUGAGUUGCGUGAAGGUUUUAUUGAGGGUUGCAAGGCUUUGUUGCGCGUUUUGAAUGCUAUGCAAGGCAUGGAGUCAAUUACACGUCAGACGGGUCAACAUAUGGACUACGAGCCAGAGUGGGAGUGCGCUUUCAAUUUACACAUUAAACUAGCAAGUGCUAUUACCUUAAUACUCGAUUGGUGUGCUACAGAUCGUCAGGUUUUAAUUAAACUUUAUCAGAUGGUUAUGCGCUAUUUGUGCUCCAACGGCUUUAUUGUAGGCGAUAUUAAAACUGAAGAAAAAACGGUAGCUGGUCAUAUUGCCAAAUGUUUAAUGUACGACGUGUCUUCAUCACCCGUGUCUAUACACUUGCCGUUGUCACGAUUUUUCGCCGGUGUCUAUUUACAUUUGGGUAGUUAUGAUUUGAAUUUUGAUUCGUUAACCUUCGCCAAGCGUACACCUGAAGAAUUGAUGGAACCAAUUCUUUGUACUCAAACAAUGAUAGCUCAGGUACAUGCAGGUAUGUGGCGUCGUAAUGGUUAUUCGUUGCUGCAUCAAUUAUAUUUUUAUCGUAAUGUGCGUUGUCGCACCGAAAUGUUAGAUCGCGACAUUGUCGGAAUGCAAAUUGGUGCUUCAUUAAUUGAAAGCAAUCAAUAUCUUAUACAUCUCCUAAAUAAAUUUCGUUUAAUCGACUGGAUACAACCCGAUUACGAAGAGAACGCUUCUGUUUCUGCUUCGGAUGAUGACUUCAUACGACAACUGUCAAUGAUUGAUGAGUUUUUGGAAUUGCUGAUUGUAAUUAUCGGUGAACGUUACAUGCCAGGUGUAGCACAUGUCACUGAAGAUGAUCGGACUAAAAAAGAAAUUAUAGAGUUGUUGUGCAUAAAGGCUUAUUCGCAUUCUGAAUUAAAUAGAUCUCUACCAGAUUCGAAUAAUGAUACUGUGCUAGAAGAUGUAAUCGAUUCGGUCGCCGUGUUUCAGAAGCCGCAAAAAUAUGACGCUAAGGGUGUUUAUAAAUUGAAAGAGGAAUUGUACGAUGAGUACAAUAUGUAUUUUUAUCAUUACACCAAGGAAGAAAAAUCAAAGUCUGAAGAAACGCAAAGGGCCCGACGAAAAGCCAAAAACGAGCUUGUAUGUUGUCCACCGCCAAAGUUGCCCAAGUUAACCGAUUCCUUUAUAACUAUUGCUAAUUUACUGCAAUGUGACGUGAUGAUGCAUCUUAUAAAUACAAUUUUGGAAAGAGCUAUAGAUCUAAAGACUAAAGGUUUUCAAGAAAAUCAUUUGCAAAAGGUUUUGCAUCUAAUCGGCUAUGGUCUACAAGAAGAAGAGUCCGGCCAUUAUCCGUUUUUGUCAUUUUAUGAACGCUCUCAAAAAUAUAGACUAUUACAAAAGUUAGAAGAACUCUCACAUAGCGGACGUGUUGAAGCUCAUCGUGAUUUCAUUUUAUGGAUUAUCCGUAAAUUUAAAGAGUUGCAAUCUAAACAAGCUUCCUAUCAAGCGGAACGUAUGCAAAGCGACGAUAUGGAAGUUCCUAAUCAGACCAAUGAUGCCGAUGCCAAUGUUCCUCUGACCACUGCCGAACAGGAGAAACUUGAAAAAGAAGAGCGUGCACGCUUGGCUGCUGAUCGUCGAGCCAAAAUUUUGGCACAAAUGCAAAAUGCCCAGAAGAAUUUCAUGAAAUCCCAUGCUGAAAUGUUUGCCAACGCUAAUGAUGUGGCUACUGCUUCAACUGAUUCAUUGGUAGUCAGCGGUGGUGGUGGUGGUGGUGGUAGUGGUGGUGGUGGUCUUAGUAUGGAGUGGCAAGAUGAUUCUGCAUUAGAGGGUGCUGUAGCUUAUAACUCAGUCGCUUGUUUGGGUGUAGAACGACGUCUACAGCAACCGGAGGAGGAGAAAUUUAGUUGUAUCUUGUGUUUUGAAGAAGCUAUCGUUAGCAAGGAUGGUCCGACACUAGUUUACUUGGCUUUUGUUCAACAAUCAAAGGUUCUUAAAUCUGAACGCAAUUAUCCCACCUCUUUGCAUACCAGCAGCUGUGGCCAUGUAAUGCAUGUAAAUUGCUGGCAAGAAUACUAUAACAAUGAAGAAACCAAAGAAUCACGUCGUCCUCGACGUUCUCUAUUAAUAUCUUCCUCCGCUAACACUGAAUUUCAGUGUCCAUAUUGUCGCUGCAUGAGUAAUACGGUUCUUCCUUUAACGGUUCCCUUAUCCAAGUACUCUAUACCAAACGUUAUUCACGCCGGGGACGAAAUGUUUCCCAUUGACUUGUGGAUUGAAACUAUGCGUGCUUUCGGUGAUAAAUUGCAAAGUUUGGUUGACGCAGAAGACACCGAUAUGUGGUAUUAUAAUUUACCAUAUUGGUUGGCAACCGUAAAGGAGGCUCAUAUAUUAACGGAUCCUAAGUUGUUUGAGAUAAUGUCGCAGCCUAUAAAGCGACCAGAGAUACCAGAAAGUUGGAGUUAUUUCGUUCAACACUAUGUAAAAACUUUAAGUAAGAACGAUGAAGAGGGUCUUCUAUCUAUGUGGCAUUCGUGUACUUACACUAUACAGUCAUUAGAAGUUUACUUAAGAGCUGUAGGCAAACCGUUAAAAGAUGAGAUGUCAAUACGUCACAAAAGUUGUUUGAGCGGCCUGAUCAGAGCGUGUUGUUUGUCCUCUGCUAAUUUGUCACAGACCGAUAUCAAAAAUUUGAUUAAACCGGUUAAUGACCUCUUGAAUAUGGUUUUAAAACAACAGGGUAAUUCAGUGCUCGAAUGGGAUUGUUUCGGUGAAAUGCUUUUAGCCCUGUGGAUGGUUCCCAAUAUAUUGUUUGCAUAUGAUCAUCGUACAACCGCUAUUGUGGUUAAUGGCAGCCUAAUGGACUUCUAUACCUUGCAAAUAUUCUUUUUGGCCAAUGUCGUUAAGGCUGUAGUAUUGUUUGAAAAGCCAGUUGACGGUCUAAUGGACGUUGACGAAGAAUGUAUUGAAUUAUCUCAAAAGGCUAAAGAAAAUGUUACUGCUUUUUUCAAUAAAUACAAUGUAGAAACUCGUCAAAAAGCACAGCAAAGACAAAAGGCAGAAAGUAAAACUAUUGCAGAAUCGAUGCCAGAAGAAAAUAACGAUGAAGGUAUGAUUGAAGUGGAUGGCAGCCAAGCGGAAUGCUCUUUACAAACACUAAAUGCUUUGCUGGAUUAUAUUAAGACGGAAAUGCGUGAAUUUUUACGUUGUUGCUGUCUCUUCUUUCACUUUGUCACCGAUGUCGAAUUUCCAGAUUUUCUGGCCGACAAUGGAAGUGACACUUACGACAAUAUGUGCAAGUACUUGGGCUUAAGUACACAGUUGGAAUCGUAUUUUGAUACGGAAAGCCCUUUCGCUACAAUAUUAGAAAUGUUUGCCUCACAUCCGGAUAUUACAAAUCUUGAGGUAGUGACCACGAAAACGAAACGUAAUAAUCAACCAUUGCGAAUAGUACCCUGCACUAGAGCAAUACCGCAACUGGUAUCGUUGCCAGAGGAUUAUAGCGAUUUAAUCAAUAGUAUCUCAGAAUUUAGUUGUCCUAAUAACGAGCGCGAGGAAAUGAAAACGCCCACCAUGUGCUUAAUUUGUGGUGAAAUUUUAUGCGGUCAGUCGUACUGUUGUCAACCCGAAUUGCACGAACGUCCAGUGGGCGCCUGCACUUACCAUGCAUACUACUGCGCUGCGGAGGUGGGACUCUUCCUUCGUAUACGUGACUGCCAAAUCGUUUAUUUAGGCAAAAAUAAAGGUUGCUUUGUACAACCACCAUAUCUGGAUCAAUACGGUGAAACAGAUAUGGGCCUAAGGCGUGGAAAUCCAUUGAGAUUGUGUACAGCGCGUUAUAGUAAAAUACACUUGACAUGGUUGGGUCAUGGCUUGCAUGAAGAAAUUGCUCGUGCCAAUGAACAUGCGUCCACUGCUGGCACUCAGUGGCAUCAUAUGUAGUUCAGAUGGUAAGCUGACGAACUGACAUUAAAUAUGUUGUUCUCGGAUUUUUUUUUUUUAUUAGCCA